AUGCUGACAACAAACAAUGGACUCAGAUAUUUCCAGAUUGGGCUGGGCUGCCAGUUGCCGACAUUUUCACAAGUGUGGUUGUUGAACACGUCUCUUCCGGAUUACUUGUCCACUAAGUCUACUGCAAUCAUCUCCCUGCCAUGUCUUCUCACUCUACUUCUGCAUCUGCUGCUGCCUGCUGCCAACCAGGCUCUCAUAGCUCUUGUCGCCCAGCUCACUGAGAUGGUUCAAGAUGUCAUCCAGUUGCUGUUGCAAGAGGAAAAAAUGGAGUUGAGCUGGAAGAUUGCUUGUGAAGUGAAUGAUGUGAUUCACACCUAUGGGAAGGAGGCUUCCUAUGUUCCCCCUGGCCUGCUGUCACUUGCAGCUGAGAUCUUUUGCACUCAGAGGUGCACCACACAAUUGGUGGAAGUACCGGAUUGGACCCAUCUUGGGAACAAUCAGGACAUGUGCAUGAAGCACCCAUUGUACAGUAAGACAUUGGGUGCUGCACCACCUAUUGCGUCUGCAGCUCCUGUAGCAACUGCACCAGUACCAGCACCACCACCUGCUCCCACCCCUGCACUGGCACCACCACUGGCACCAGCACCAGCACGAGAUGCCAGCAUUCACAUGCCAAGACACGCAGCAUCCGGUGAAACCACACCAGCAGGAUCAUCCACAACAUGGAAACAUCAACUCAGUACCAGCCCUCCUGUGCCUUGUGGCAACCAGUCCCGGAAGCCUGUCAUCAAGUCCAAGGCAAUCUUGUCCAACACUGACACUACCAGUGACACUGAGAAGGUGAAGGGGAAGGGGAAGGCAAAGGCAAAGGCAAAGGCACUGGAAGUUGAUGGUGAUGAGGACAAUGACAUGAUCGAUGUCAAUGACCUUCUGGAUGUUCAGCCCCGGAAAUCGAUGUGCAAGGCUGUCAUCCCUGCAAACAAGCAGGGCACACUGAAGGCAAGUCAGUUGGUUGUGAAUGAUGAUGAUGAAGAAGAAGAUGAAUUGGAGGAGGAUGAAGAGGCACAAGGCAGAUCAAAGCAACAAAAACUGGUAAGUUCUACCCAGUCCAAUGGCAAGGCCACCAGCAGGAAGACCAAGGUCCAAGAACUGCCCCGCACUGAUGGACCUCUGCCACCUUGUGAGAGAUGCCAGGUGAAGAAGGUAGAGUGUUGCCCCCAGUUGACAAAGAAAGGCAAUGUCGCCUCGACAUGCACAUUGUGCCAUGACUGGAAGAUGGCAUGCAUCUGGCCAGAUACAGAGAGUGCCACCAUUACCCCCACCACUGACACUGCACCACCUGUGGCUGCAGUCACCACACGCUCUAAGACGACCUGGUCCAAAGCAACCAGCAAGAAAAUGGUGGGGAAAUCUAAUGCAAAAGAAAAGAAAAUCCAGCAACCUAGUCCUAUUGAAGAGAAAGACAACAACAUCGAGAUGUUCGAUAGCACUGUGGGUGUGAUGGGUGCUCACCAGCAAUCGGCCCCUUUGGUGUCAGCAGAUGAUUUCCCUGUGGAUCACUGGAUCGAGCCUGGUACUGAUAAGUUGCCACCUCCAGCUCCAUCACUGGCCAUGGCCUCAGAGGACAACAUCCAGUUCUCACCAUUACCUGUCAUUCACAGCCCACCCACCCAGCACCCCCUUUCUCAUGACCAGAUGGAGGCCAUGUCGGCCCAAAUUCGCUGUCGCAUGGACCUCACAGAGGCAUCUGAUGGUGCAAUGUCCAUGCAGGUUGAUGAACUCCAGCAGGAUAUGCAUGUGCAGCAUGCACUCCUCUCUGAGUGCACCGCUGAACAUCAACUCCUCCUGCCAGCAUUCAAUCCACCCCCCAUCACAGCUCCCGGCCCAUCCAUCAGUGCAUUUGCCUGCACUGUCACCAACAAUGUGUUCACCCCGGAUGUAUCUUGGAUGGGUGCACAGACCAGUGGUGAUGCAUUUAGUGACACUGCAGAUGGCUCACCAGUUGCAAGGCUCAACUGA